AUGGAAGCUCCAGGAUCCAAAAGAAAGCGAUUGUCAAAUCGUUUUGUUUAUCUUCCUAAUCAUGUGAUUGAUAGGAUUUUUACCUUUUUACCUAUUAAGGAUGUUAUUUCUUCUUCUGCCGUAGCUAGUCCAUUUUUAAAUUCAUGGAUGUAUGCCCGCAAUUUGCGUUUUGAUAGAAUCUUUAAGAGCAAUUGUGGUAGGGAUGAUAUCUCAAUAAUCAAUAAAAUCAUAAGUGGUCAUUUAGGAAAGGAAAUUUACAGUUUUCAUUUGUACAUUCCUGCGCCAAAUAGGUACUCACUUUUUCUUCAGGAGUGGAUUCAAAUUGUUGCAUCAAAGGGCAUAGAAGAGCUCGAGAUAGAUUUAUGGUUUACACCUGAUAAUGAAGAUACUUACUAUAUGCAUUCGGAUUUUAUUGAUAUUGAAACUCUUCGAAGUGUAAAAUUGUUCAAUUGUGAGUUGCGUUUAUCGCCAAACUUAAAAGGCUUACGAUUUUUAAAAUCGCUUAGUCUAACUAAGGCUCCAAUCACACCUCAUUUUAUUCAAGAGUUAUUUAGAAGUUGUGUGGUACUUGAGUCUUUGGCAUUGACUUUUUGUUCUUCUCCUACUAAUGUUACAAUCAAAGGUUCGAAUCAACUUAGAACUAUUUUGAUUAGAGGUUGUGGUAAAAUUUGUUUGAUCACUAUUGAUGAUCCCAAUAUUCACACUUUCCAUUAUGAGGGUGAGAUUGAUAAAAUCAAGUUGAUUGGUCCGACAAGAUUUGAUGAUGUGAUAUUCAAUCUUGAUACUACUACAUGGCUUCAGCAUAUAAGCGGAAUGGGUAAUUUGAUUGAAAUCUUAAGAAACGUGCAAACUCUCUCGAUUAACAACAUUUUUCUUGAGGGACUUUCUCCCAGAUAUAUAGAUUUUGAAUACAAAGAUAUGGAGUUCUAUCUUCCAAAUCUAAAGGAGCUACAAAUUGUGCGACAUGGACUAACAUAUGUGAACCCAUGGGACAUCAUUUUCUUUGUCAAGAAUUGUCCCCAAAUUGAAAGACUCUUUCUCGAUUUUGGUGAUUAUGCAAUGGAGGCAGGAAGAUAUUGGAAUUUUGUGGCAAAGGACAAGUUUGAGAAUUGCCAAAUAGAGUUUUCAAAGCUAAAGCUCUUAAAGGUGAAAGGAUACAAGAAACAUGAGCUGGAAAGGAAAUUGGUGAAUUUCUUUUUGCUACGGGCAAAGAUUUUGGAGUCUUUUAUUAUAGUUUCAAAGGAUAAACAUUUAAAAAUUAAACCGAAGGAUAUUGUUACAGUCUCAAAGAUAGUUUCUAUUUCUACCUACUAUCAUCAUAGGGACAAAAGCUCUGUAUUUCCUAAACAUACAAUUUUUUGA